UUAACUCAGUCAACAUGGAUUCCAAAGCUCAGAGCAAGAGAAUGAUCACGGAUGUUGAGACAUGGGAGAAGACAUUUCAAGAACUGAUCUGGCAGGAGAAACCCCGGGCCAGAUGGACCCUCAAAUUGGAUGGGAACCUUCAGCCAAACUCCAUGGCUCUAGGGUGGAAGCAAUACCAGCAGAGAGCUUUUGGCAGGUUUCACUGUUCCUCAUGCCAUCGAAGCUGGGCUUCUGCCCAAGUACAGGUCCUAUGUCACAUGAAUCUGGAGCACCAGAAGUCCCAGGGCCAGGUGCGUAUGCGGCUCUUUGGUCAGAGGUGCCGGAGGUGUUCCCGGUCUCAAUUUGAGAAGCCUGAGUUCUCCACGCAGAGUACGGAGAGGAUCCUGACAAACCUGGUACAGCGUAUUCUAGAGCGAUUCUACAGAAACGGCAUCAGGAAGGUCUCAGAGAUACCAGUGAUCCUGGAGUUGCCUUUGGUUGGAUCCCACGACAAGGUCAACUGUGAGGCAUGCGUUUUGGGCCACUGUGUACAGAACUUACAAAACAGUGUGACAGAGUCAGCCAAACCUCCUCUCUUCUUGGAAAUUGGGAGUUCUUCUCCUUGCAUUGGUGACCUUUGUGGCCAAAACCGAGCCAGAAACCAGUCAACUGAGGAAAAGGAGUCUCCAAGGAGUGGACGUUCUCAUGUCCAUAAGAGCUCAGGGCCCUGCCAUGCCACCACUGGGAUCCAAGGGCCUAGAGCAGGACUUCAGCCCAAACAGGAGAUGGGCCAACUGCUCAUUCGAGGGGCAGACCAGCAGGCCACACACAAAACAACCCCACAGCUCAUCCGAGUAGCAGGAUCACUUCCCCCAGGGUGGACAGACCCACGGCCCAUACAAGUAGUAGGUCCACUACCUACAGGGUGGGCUCAUUCACAAUCCACUCUGGGAACAGGACCACAGGCCCCCCGGAAGACAUAUUCUCAGGCUAUAAGAAUGGCAAGCCAACAGUCAACACAGGAGGCACAAGCCACAAAAGGGGCAGGUCUUCAGGCCACAAAGGUGACAGACCCACAGCCUGCAAGGGGGACAAUCCCAAGGGCCACAUCAGGGUCAGACACUCAGGCUACAGGAAGGGCAAGUGCCCCACCACUGGGGUCAAGCUCACGGCCCACAAUGGGGGAAAUCCCCAAGGUCACAUCAGGACCAGACACUCAGGCUACAAGGAAGGCAAGUGCUCCACCACUGGAGUCAAGCUCACAGCCCACAAUGGGGGCAAUCCCCAAGGUCACAUCAGGACCAGACACUCAGGCUACAAGGAAGGCAAGUGCUCCACCACUGGAGUCAAGCUCACAGCCCACAAUGGGGGCAAUCCCCAAGGUCACAUCAGGAUCAGACACUCAGGCUACAAGGAAGGCAAGUGCCCCACCACUAAAAUCAAACUCACGGCCCACACAGGGGACGGGCCCCAUAGCUACACAUGAGUCUGAGACCUUCAGUGGAAGUCAAGCUGCCUGGGGCAAGCAGGAGAGGCGCUCACCCAGAGGGUCUGCUCCAGACAGCUUUUUCAGAUUAUCUCCCUCAGUGCCACCAAAUGAUCCCUUUGGCCAGGAGCAGCUCAGGUGGGGCACUGUCUGUGCCUGUGUUGUUGCUCUGUUUACCUUUCUUGUAUCUAAAUACUUAUAAGUAGAACAAUGUAAAAGAC